CAAACCUGCACAGAACCAACUGUUGUCGCUGUUUGUUGGACUGAGUUGAACUUGCCUUUCACCAUGAAUCUGGAGCAGCGCACUUAUCUGUUGGUGACGGGCGCCUCGCGCGGCAUUGGACGCGAAAUGGCCCUUCAGUUGUCCCAUCAGGUGAAGGCGGCCGGUUCGGUGGUGGUACUCUUGGGUCGCAGCGAGCCGUUGCUGCAGGAGGCCAAGGCGACCAUAUUGACGGAUCACAGCAAGCUGGUAGUGCACACCUAUUCAUUGGAACUGGCCACAGCCAACACAGCGGACUUUGUGCGCAUUCUGGACGAAACGCUAAGGGGCAUUGAUGUCAAACAAUUUGAGCGGUCGAUUGUCAUUCACAAUGCUGGCACAUUGGGCGACACAUCCAAGCAUGCCAGGGAAUUGGGCGAUACCGGGAUACUGGAACAAUAUUAUCACAUCAACUUGUUCUCGGCGAUGGCAUUGAACUGUGAGUUCAUGCGUACGUUUGCCGGCAUACCCAAGCUGGUGGUAAAUCUUAGCACAUUGGCGGCCCUGGAGCCAUUCUCUUCCAUGGCCUACUACUGUACGGUGAAGUCGGCACGUGAAAUGUACUUUCGUGUGCUCGCACUGGAGGAGCCGCCAGCUGAGACGCUAGUGGUUAAUUACGCACCAGGCGUCAUUGACACACAGAUGACACUUCAGGUGCAGAGCGAAUCACACGAUCCGUCAUUGGCUGCCGCAUUCAGGGAGCAGCGAGAGUCCAAGACCAUGCUGACACCGCAGCAAACGGUGCUCAAGUUUGUACAGGUGCUGCAGGCACAUAAGUUUAAGUCGGGCGAUCACGUUGACUACCGAGACUAG